GCUCAUCUCUCCUCUCCUCCACGAUCAUGGACUCCUGGACUUCAUGUCACGACUCCUCGCUGAUGUUCGACUCGUCGGUGAAGCUGGAGUCGGACGAGGACGAGCACGUCCGGGCCCCCGGGAGCCUCCACGAGGCCGGGAGCUGCCUGCAGUGGGCCUGUAAAGCCUGCAAGCGUAAAGCGAGCACCGUGGACCGCCGGCGGGCCGCCACCAUGCGCGAGAGACGCAGGCUGAAGAAGGUCAACCACGCCUUCGAGGCUCUGCGCCGCUGCACCUCGGCCAACCCCAGCCAGAGACUUCCCAAAGUGGAGAUCCUGAGGAACGCCAUCAACUACAUCGAGAGCCUGCAGGAGCUUCUGCGAGAGCGCGUGGAGAACUACUACAGCCGCGAGAGCAGCUCCGAGCCCGCCAGUCCGUCCUCAUCCUCCACCUGCUCCGACAGCGCGCCCGAGUGCAGUCCCAUCUGGUCUCAGAUCAGUUUAAACGCCGCAGCAGUGCACAGUUAUGAAGGACAGAGCGUAGUGAGUGGGAUGGACAGAUCUGUCGGUGCUACGAGUCUCCAGUGUUUGUCCAGCAUCGUGGACCGUCUGACCUCGAGGAACACGGACGCUCUGUCCCCGAGCCCCUGCGAGUCGCAGUGCAGCACCCCGGAAAGUCCCAACACACUCGUCUACCACGUCCUGUAAGAGCGACAGACUCUGUGUGUGUGUGUGUGUGUGUGUGUGUGUGGGUGUGUGUCCUACAAUCCAGUAAUGGAAAUUACCACAAGAGACAAAAACAAUUAUAAUAAAAAUAUACACAAAAUCUAUUUACAAAUAUAAUUUAGCAAUGUAUGUACAACUUUUUAAUACACAUCUAUCUAUCUAUCUAUCUAUCUAUCUAUCUAUCUAUCUAUCUAUCUAUCUAUCUAUCUAUAAUAUUUACAGAUAUUUUACAGUACUGUGCAAAACUCCAGCAAAAAUGUCUUAAAUUUUUUUUCUACAUUGAAAAAACACUAUAAAAGCUGUAAACAUUAAUUCAUGAAAAGUCAGUAACUAGUGUGAUGCGUCUAUGCUUAACUUUCUUUCUUUCUGUUUGUCUUUUUUUUGGAUUACUAAAUGUUUGGGAAUUAGAAAUGUUCUUUUGUACUAAUU